UCUUCCUUUCUCCUGCUCUUUUUUCUAUUGUCUUCUUUCUCUAGAUCCAUUCUCUAUAUUUUAUAUCUGUCACCGACAACAUUCGUUUUUCUGUAUUUUUCCUUGACGAUGGCAACAACAAUGUGCGACGAUUGCUGGCAUCGAACAUAGUUUUUCCAGACUCCAAUCGAACAAGUACAAAAGGUAAAAAUGAGAAAGUGAUCACAAAUCUGAGAAUAACUAAAAAAUGAGCCAGAACUAAAGUAAAAACUAGAAAGUAAACUAGAAUAAAAGACAAAAGUAAGCUAGAACUAGAAUUAGAAUGGGAGCGAAAAAAGAAAUCUAAUAAAAGAAUGGAUGACACCAGCAAAAACCUUAUUUUGAAAAACCGAUCAAAUUUCAUUUUUCAACUUGGAAGUUAAAAGAUAUUUGCGCGCUCCAUUUCGGUUAUUUUCUCCCGGGAAUGUCAGUCGCUAAUGGCCGGAGCCAAAUUCCGGCGGCAAGCGGAGGAAUCGAUGAUCAGUCACUCAAACUCGCCGUAGCCAUUUCUCUUCUCCGCUCCAAGGCCAUUCAGAAUCAGCAGCGCCAGAAUCCUCCUACCGUUUCCAGUCCUCCUUCUUCCGAUUCCGACGCUCUCCGAUGGAAGCGAAAGGCUAAGGAGCGGAAGCAAGAGCUCAUUAGGCUUAGAGAAGUUCUGAAGCAAGCUGAAGCUGUAGAUGCAUCGCAUGAUGAUUUGCUUUCCCAAAACGCUACUUGCAAGUGCUUUUUCUUUGAUAAUAUGGGGAAAUUGAACCCUAAGCGGCUCGAAGAUGGUACUGAUAACAGGUUUAAUGACGUUUUACGCCGGAGAUUUCUCAGACAAGUGCGUUAUAGGGAACGGGGGAGAAAGGCAGACAACGCAGUCCAUCGGAAGCGACUUUUAGACUUCAAUGAAGAUGAUGAAGUUGAGCGUCUCCAAGCUUCAGUUGAUUUUCUUGUAGAGCUUUGCGACACUUAUUCUCCAGUCGGGGAGGCCAACUUUAAAAAUUGGGCUCAUCAAGCCGUUGAUUUCAUUCUAGCUUCAUUGAAGGAUCUUCUACCAAAGGGAAGGAACAUGGAGCUUAUUGAAGGAAUUAUUAGCAGCUUGAUAAUGCGUUUAGUCAGAAAGAUGGGUUCUCCUGUGAAAGAUGAACUAGGAGACUCUGUCUCCGAUAUCCGAUUUUAUACGCAGCAGUUAAUCCGUGAACUUGGACGCGAGACAUACAUCGGUCAACGUGCAAUAGUUUAUGUGUCUCAAAGAAUUUCUGCAGCGGGAGAGAGUUUGCUCUUCAUGGAUCCGUUCGAUGACAAUUAUCCCAGCUUACAUGAAUGCUUGUUCAUAAUGAUUCAACUUAUUGAGUUUAUGACAUCGGACUACUUGCAGAUGUGGUCAAAGGAUGAAAACUUCGACAGGCUGCUCUUUGAAGAGUGGAUGAUAUCCAUUCUACACGCAAAAAAAGCUUUAGAACUCUUGGAAAGCAGAAAUGGGCUUUACGUACUAUACAUGGACCGUGUCACCAAUGAGUUGGCUAAUCAAAUAAGCAAUAUUCGGAGACUCAGGGAGCUCAAGCCAGACAUUGUAGACGACCUAAUUAAUUGAUUUAAAGCUAGCCAAUCCAGUUCGAUAUUCUAGUGCUUCAUCCUCUGAUUCUCCAUCGGUUGAAUAUGUACAUUUGAUGUAUCGAAGCAGAAUGAGUGGAUAUCGAAUCAUCAGUUGAAUGUAUAUAUUUGACGUAUGGAAGCGGAGUGUAGAUAUCCUUGAAGUUGGAGUUUUGGAAGAAUGAUUGUAUCUCCAAAAGACUUCAGUUUUAAGUGUGGUCAGCUUCUAGGAGAAUGAAUAUUGAACUUGGAGUCUUUUAAUUGUAGGAUUCUUUUUUGAUUCUAUGGAGUCUAAAAUUUCUGACCUCAAAUGAAGAUAAGUUUUUUAUUUAUAGAGUUCUCGGAUGGAUUUUGUGGGCUUGGGCUUGGUUGGAUCAUGGAACUGGUCUCGAGACCAAUCAAUUGGAAUUUAGCCUAAUUUGGCAUUUUAGCCAAGUUAGGCUUUUUUUUUUGCUUAA